AUGAAUCGUGGAGGUGUCAGCAGCUCUAUGGAGGAACUAUCAAAAGCUACCCUGCACAUUAACUCCCUCUGGUGGCUGGCUUGUGGGCUCCUUGCCUUGCUAGCCAACUCCUGGAUAAUCUUGAGCAUCACAGCAAAGCAACAGAAGCACAAACCUUUGGAGCUCCUACUCUGCUUCCUGGCAGGGACACACAUUCUCAUGGCUGCUGUGCCACUCACAACCUAUGCAGUGGUGCAGCUGCGACGUGAAUCUUCUGACUAUGACUGGAAUGAAAGCAUUUGUAAGGUCUUUGUCUCUACCUAUUAUACAUUGGCCUUGGCCACAUGCUUCACUGUGGCCUCUUUAUCUUAUCACCGUAUGUGGAUGGUAAGAUGGCCUGUCAACUACCGGCUGAGCAAUGCCAAGAAGCAGGCCCUGCAUGCUGUGAUGGGCAUCUGGAUGGUCUCCUUCAUUCUUUCCACCUUGCCAUCCAUUGGCUGGCAUAACAAUGGAGAACGUUAUUAUGCCAGUGGCUGCCAGUUUAUUGUCAGUAAGAUAGGCCUAGGCUUUGGUGUGUGUUUCAGUUUGCUUCUUCUUGGAGGCAUAGUCAUGGGCUUGGUGUGUGUGGGUAUUACUUUCUACCAGACCUUAUGGGCGCAGCAAAGGCAUCAUAGAUGCCAUCACCAAAGAACAGAAGAUGCCUCUUCUUGCCAUUCUUCAGUUCACAACACUUUCAAUGUGCCAGCCAUUGUGGUAGAGGAUGUCAGAGGCAAAAGACGAUCAUCAUUGGAUGGAUCUGAAUCUGCUAAGACUUCCAUGCAGAUGACUAAUCUCAUCAGCGCUAUUGUUUUCCUGUACGACACACUGACUGGUGUGCCCAUUUUGGUGGUCAGCUUCUUCAGCCUACGCUAUGACACUGCUCCCACCUGGAUGGUAUUGGCUGUGCUCUGGUGCUCCAUGGUGCAGACGCUGCUACUCCCAUCAUUCAUCUGGUCCUGUGAACGUUACCGGGCAGAUGUCCGGACUGUCUGGGAACAAUGUGUAGCAAUAAUGUCAGAAGAUGAUGGGGAAGAUGAUGGUCCUGGUGAUGAUUAUGGAGAUGGGAGGAUCUGCAAGGUGCGAUUCAAUGCCAAUGGUGCUACAGCCAUGAAGCAGGAUCCUCGGGAUGCUAAGCUGCUGCCAGUGCACCACAUGCUGUUGCCCCAUGACAGGGUGCAUUACUUGCAAGUUCCUAUCUCACGGAGGAUGUCUCAUGAUGAAACCAGUAUCUUUUCCUCCCAUCGCUCAUCUCCUUCCUUCCUUCACAAGUGGUCCUCAUCUGAUGACAUUCGGGUGGCUGCUCCCCACAAACCUGGAGGACCCUCCAGUUUUCUGCCUCCAGAAUUCCGCAGCUACCAUCACCGUCGACGGUCUCCUGAAGAUGAGUUCACAACACUUCGGCAGUUUCUAGAAGCUGGAAUGGCUCGGGGACCUGGGCCUGGCUCCAGCGCUUGCUUCUUUCGUGAUGAGAUUACGACCUUCAUUGAUGAAACGCCGGUGCCCUCCCCACACAGCACACCACGCCACUCACGCCUCCCAUUCACAGUACAGCGUGAGAGACACCAUUCCCUAAAUGGUGCUGAGCCAGAAGGCCCUGAUCGGGAUCAACAGUGUUCACUGACUAGUGGGGGAAGCCUAUACCUCUACGCAGGGGAACAGGAGCCUUGCAAAUGGACCAUGGCAGCUCAGGGGGCACAGUCCUUGCAGGAGGUCAGCCUGCAAAAUGGCAUCAGAGGCAAUAACUCUGCUCUGGAUGUUUAAGGAAAUCCCAGAACUCAAAAUUUCGGCUCUCGUGUUUUUCUCAGUUCUGCAAGGGGACAGGAAUCAUGCCCACAAUGGAACCUGAUGUGGAGGGGAGAACAGUAGCGAGAGGGCAGAAAAAUGGCACUGCUGGGGAGCACAACAGCACCCUGCUCC